AUGGAAAAGAGUGGUAAUCCGCCGCCAUAUGGUUGGGGAAAUAUGCACACUGUGCAGCCGCCUCCGGCUGCUCCUCCGAGUUAUUCUCAAGCAGUAGGUGGCGUUGGACCAUCAAGUCCUUAUACACCACAAUACCCACCAUCUUCGGGCCCCCAAAUUGUGACAACUGUGGUGCCUGUAGGAUCUCAACCUACACACAUGAUAUGUCCGAGUUGCCUUGCUGAAAUCGACACUGCCACGCAGACGAAGCCAGGCCUCAUAGCUUAUAUUACUGGAACCAUUAUAUUCCUUGUCGGAUGUUUCUGCGGAUGCUGUCUCAUCCCGUGCUGCAUAGACAGCUGCAUGGACGUGCAUCAUAAGUGUCCCAACUGCGGCGCUUACCUCGGCCGUUAUCGACGAUAA